CACAACAUUAUUCAGUCUGCCCUGGAGCGUGCAACUUGAAAUAUUAUUAUUUUUCCUUGUGAAAAAGAACAGCCAACAAAUUCAAGUUUCUGCUUAAAAUGGCCCAGCAGGGCCAGGGCGAGAGACCCGCGGGAGGACCGCCAAGACCUGCUCCGCCCCGCCCACCGAAAACGACACCGCCCCGUGGAACGACAGCGGCGUCGACUCCGGGCGAAGUGACUCCGGCUCGAGGACCACCGCCCCCACCAGCAACAAAGCGCGUCUCUAUUGGUAUUGGAGCGGAGAAGCCGGCUUCCAGCAGAGCCACCCGUACUAUUCCACCUCCUGCAACGGUUCCUGGUGGACUACCGUCGACAUCUCACUGGAAACCUGUAAAGGAUUCCGGUCCCCCAUCACCCCAAAGGGCAAGUCUUCGGGACUCUGGUCCAUCGUCAUCGCCGGGAAAAGCAGCAAAAGAUUCCGGUACAGCAACAGCGCCAAGGACAAGUAUUCAGGAUUCCGGUCCGGCGACAUCAUAUCCCGGGACAAGUGUUCAAGAUUCGGCUGCUCGUCGAUCCAGUUCUCUUGAUCCCGGAACUCAACGAUCAAGUGUUCAGAUAUCCAUGUCGACGACAUCUCCACGUAAGAGUACUGGCGAUGCCCGCAUAUCUUUUCAGGAAGCUGCACCAUCGACAUCUGCAAAAACGUUUAAGCUGGCUGCUUCCGAUCCCGGUUCGGCAAAGCCUUCAUUGAGGGAAAAACUUGCCGCAUUUGGAAAGAAGAAGAAAGAAGAGAGACCGAGACCGAGUACUACGUCCUCGACCCGUGAGCAUAGGAUUCCUUCGAUAAACGGACCCUCAGCAUUACAAAACAGAGCCAAAACGAAUCGCAUCCUCUACACCACCGAUGAAGAGGUGCGCGAAGCCCUCGUGGAGUUCUCCGUGUUCAUCAUUUUCCUUAUCCUAACUUCGCUGGUCGUUUUGUCGGUUCGUCACUCAUACAUGUUCUAUUUCAACGACACGAUGAAGAAACUUUUUACCACCCGGGAACUGGUCGUGGCACCCUCGGUCACGGUUUGUUUCGAAAAGCUGAUAACCGUCCCGGAUUGGUGGGACUACCUGAUCUACAACUUUCUGAUAACGCUCCACGGCGAUAUGACUUUUGUUGACGGCCAUUCAACGGCCAACAGUACGAACAAAGAAAAACCGACCCAAGAGCCUACGAUUCCCGAAGACAAUGAGGAAUCGCCCGAGGAAUCGGACGAGUUGCCGCCCGAGGAGUCGCCUGAAAUCUCUGACUCCGAACCGGACAGGUUGCAGGAGGGUUUCCAAUAUCCCGGUAAUCCUGGCGACGACUGGGAGGCGGGAGGCCGAGCGAUCCGACAGGCGGACGGCAGCGAAGACAGUGAGGAAACCGACGAAACACUGGGAUCAAAUAUCAAAAACAAUGUGACCUCACAUCAUCUGGAGGGCCGUGUAUUUCUAUACGAGAACUUGCUCCUGGGUCCGCCACGCCUCCGGCAAAUCAGAGUGCGGAAGGAGAGCUGCUACGUGAACGACGCCUUCAUACGCUACUUCAACACGUGCUAUGCCGCAUAUUCCAGCGGAGCGGAGGAUCGUACGGCCAUUUACAAAGGUACGCGGUACCAUACGAUGAACGACCUUGACUCCACGCCCAUCUGGACAGUACUGGCUUUCUACCGCACCGGCGGUUACACCGUGGACUUGGACUAUGACAAGGAGAAAAACCUGAAGACCAUCACAGAUCUGAAGAACAUUCACUGGUUAGACCGGGGAUCGAGACUAAGUCUGAUAGAGUUCAAUUUGUACAACGAAAACACGGACAUCUUUCAAAGCGUCAAGUUGAUUGCGGAGAUUCCGCCAACGGGCGGUGUGAUACCACAGGCUCAUCUGCAAACUGUGAAAGAGUACUCCUUUUUCACGGACCGCAGCAUGGUUAUGACUGUGAUCUACAUUUUCUGGUACAUUAUGAUUAUUUACUAUACCAUCCAAGAAGUCUUUGAACUUCGAAAAGCCGGAUUUAAAAAUUACUUUUUCUCGAUGUUAAAUAUUCUCGAUUGCGUUAUAUUGCUGGGCUGUUACCUUGCUUUAGUAUACAACGUUUGGCACACCUUUUGGGUUCAGUCAAUCACUGCCAGGGCCCGCGUCGAAUUGACUUAUCAAAGUCUUGAUGUGCUUUGUUUCUGGAAUAUAAUUUAUGUGGAUAUGAUGGCCAUUUUGGCCUUUCUCGUGUGGAUAAAAAUAUUCAAGUUCAUUAGUUUCAACAAAACACUCGUGCAGUUUACGACCACACUGAAAAGGUGCUCCAAAGACUUAGCUGGCUUCAGUUUAAUGUUUGGAAUCGUAUUUCUCGCCUAUGCCCAGCUGGGUCUUCUUUUAUUCGGCACCAAGCACCCAGACUUUCGUAAUUUCAUUACAUCCAUUCUGACCAUGAUAAGGAUGAUUUUGGGCGACUUUCAGUAUAACCUCAUUGAGCAAGCCAACCGAGUUCUGGGUCCCAUUUAUUUCCUCACCUACAUCCUGCUUGUGUUCUUCAUUUUGUUGAACAUGUUUCUGGCCAUCAUCAUGGAGACCUAUAACACGGUGAAAAGCGAAAUCACCCAGGGCCGCAGUCACUUGGGCUCCUAUAUCUAUAAGAAACUUACGGGAAUGCUUUACUGGAUAACCCACUGUGGACGGAAGCGUCGAAAUCAACCUCCGGCCACAGAGACCGAAGAAAAGGAGGCGGAGCAGGAUGCCGAUGCUGCCCAGGACGAACCCCAGGAGUUGCGAAAGAAUCUGACGCCAGCAGAGGCACGCUACUUUCAGGAUAUUCCACCAGAACAAAACCAAGAUAUGGUUCGACUUAACAAUCGUGUGGGUCUGCUGGAAGAAAUUUUGGAAAAGUUAAUCACCAAUAUGGACGAUAUUCUCAAACGUGUUGAGAAGGAGCGCAAUACAAAAAAGAAGUAGAGAUAUUUAUUUCCAUUGUGUUUAUAACUAUCUUAACUUUAUUCUGUUACUUAAUGUCAUUUGAGUUAGUGAGAAAUUGCAUAACACCUCAGUUGAAUAAAUUAUUAUAAAAUC